UUGGAACGUUGCGCGUGCGCCGUGAACGAAAUAUCGCGCCGCUCUCCAUCGUUCGUCGUCGUCGUCUUGGUUUCGCUUUCGUUGUUCAACGAAUAUGGUUGUUUAGGAAUCAAACAGGAAUACGAGACAAUAAAGAGAGUGUCAAAAUCCCCCACCAAAAUAUAAAGCACUGAAUCAUGUGGAUUCCCAGCGGAGGAUCGAGCUUUUGGCUUCUGUCACUGGCAUUUGCUGCCUGCCUUGUGCCGUUUAACCAAGCGGCGGGUCCUGCAGGACCCCUCCCAGACAAUGGCAAGAGGCACAGUCGAGGCAACAGCAACAGCAGCGACCUUCUGGGCGACUCGCAGCUGAGCGCCUCGGAGCGCAGUCGUCGCCUGAUACCCUACAUGACCUUCUAUCUGCCAGCACCGGAGCUGCCCAUCAAUCAGCAGUAUGCCGCCAAGCAUUCGGCGUCCGCUGGCGGGGCACAGCUGCAGGCGCCCUCAGCUGGUCGUAUACCCGUGCCGCUGGCCUACAUGCCACAGCAGCAGCAGCAGCAGCAGCAACAGAAGCAGCAUCUGCAUCAGCCUCAUCCCCACCAUCACCACCAUGCGGCGCACUAUCAGUCGGGUGCAGGCGAAGUGUAUCAUGCCCUGGCCAUAGGCAGCCAUCAGCACCCGCACCCGCAUCCGCAUCCGCAUCCACACCAGCAUCCGCAUCCGCCACCUGGCCAGGGAAAGGAGCCGCCGCUGACGGAUUCGGGCGCCACUUUUAUAGCCUACAAGCCAUUGAACCCGACGCACAAGCACAAGACGGUGCAGCAUUUCCCGCCGUUGCCAGCACAGAAGGAGCAACAGCAGCAGCAGCAGUAUCUGCCACAGCAGCAGCCACAGUACGAGAUAGUAUCGCCUUCUGGUUUGGUGGCAUCGUCGCAGCAGUACCAUCACCAUCGACAGCGAGGCAAACAAUCAAAAAUCAAUUUAACACCGUUUACAGCGCAGAACACAUUGCCGGGACAGUUUGUACCCAUUAUUUAUACGCCAGUGGGCAACAGCAACAACAAUGAUCAGCAGCAGCAGCACCAGCAGCAGCAUAAUGGCAAUACCAUCAAUUACAACAACAACAAGCCAGAAAUUGUCUUCGAAGAAGCAGCGCCACAUAAAAACUCCCAUCAAACACAAAUCGUUACGGAUUAUGCAGCAGUCGAGGCAGCUGGAGUUGCCUCACCAGAGCAGCAAUCUUUCGAGGAGCAGCAGCAACAAGAGCCAGUGGAGGAGCAACAGCAGGCACAGCCAACACCAAGCAUUGGCUACAGUGUCUACAGCGAGCCAGCAUCCGCAUCCAACGCUGUCGCCUCUGGCGGCGACACUGGGCCAGGGCCAGGGCCAGGGACAGGCCAACGUCCAGCCUCGAAAACCGCACUGAUAAUCCAUCAAAAAUCGCCGCCAUUUGGGCAUGUCAGCAAGUACGAGAGUUACUUCAACAUGGCCCACCCACCGCCCCACUCGACCGGUGGCGGUAGCCAUCAUCCGAAUCCCAAUCAGAAUCAUCCGAAUCAUCAGCAUCACCAUCAGAGCCAGAGUCAGGGGCACAUGACGCCCCAGGAGAAGUAUGUGCUUUACUUACAACAACGCAUGAAACACCAGAAACUGCAGCAGCAACACUACGACUUCCAUCAUCCGGCUCGGCCAGCGCAAAGCAAUACAUUAACUGGGAAACCACACCCACCACCUUCAGCACAACAGCAACACACGCCUCAUCUGCAUCCCAAUCAGCCAUCCCACACCCAGACACAGUCACAGUCCCAGAGCCAGUCCCAGAGCCAGGGCCACCAUCCGCACAAGUACGACUCGCUGUAUGUGCGUCCGGAUGCGGCCGCUGGUCAACAGGUGCUUCACAUUCCACUGCGCGCCCUCUUGGCCCAUGUAAACGAGCAGUCGCUGUCGGAGUCCCAAUCCCAGCCACAGCCCCAGCCACCGCGGCACGAGUUCGUUAAGGAAGCGCCGCUCGGCUCCCCAGCACCGCCACAAUUCAUAGACUACCUGAUAGACGGACCCAGGCAGUCUUUGGAGGAGGAGCAGCAACAGCAGCAGCAUCCACACGAGCCGUCCCAGGUAGGGCCGCCUCAUCUGCAGCAUGCCUACAUCCUGGUGACCACAACGGCGCCGCAUACGGAGCACCAACCGGCUGGACCGAACCUCCACCUCCAUCCCGAUAUAUCCACGCCUCGGCCGGCGGUGCUUUACAAGCAGCAGCCAACGCUACGGCUGCAGCCCGUGCACACCUACGAGGCCACCCGGCGACCCAUUUACGUGACCACUCCCUCGCCCACGCCCAGUCAUACGGUUGAAAUCACGCCCAAGUACGUCUAUGUGUCCAGCAAAGCCCCCAAGUCGGCGGCACCGCCUCCCCCCAGUGAAGUGGCCAGCAGAGAGCCAUCCACUGUGACGCCCAUCAAGCUGAAGCCCGUCUACCAGUACGCCCACGAGCGUCCUCCACUGACGCCAGCCGUUCAGGGACACCCCGCCGUCUAUGACGACCAGCUGCCGGACAUACGCACCUCCUCGCUGGCUGAGAUCCUGCACAAGCUGCAGGCCAGCAACCACCUGCCGCAGACCCUAACGCCGGACAACAUUGACAACUCGAUCAAGACGCUGAUUCGCAUUCUCCAGAACCUCAAGCAGACCCAGACCAUUGCCCACAAUCCGCCGCAGCAUCACGAGACGAAGCACAGCAGCUCCUCCCACGACGACUACGACUACAACACGGACAGCGGAGAGGAUCAUGCCCCGGCAACAGGCUCCGAUAAGGGACCAAACAAACAUCCUGGCCCGAGCACUGGGCGGGCUGGCAUCGAUUAUCCGAACUAUUCGGUGAUACCGCAGACCAGCUUCGAGUGCACCAAGCAACGCUACAAGGGGUUCUUCGGCGAUCCAGAGACCAAUUGCCAGGUGUGGCACUACUGCGAUCUCAACGGGGGCAAGGCCUCCUUCCUGUGUCCCAAUGGAACCAUCUUCAGUCAGAUUGCCCUCACCUGCGACUGGUGGUUCAAUGUGAAAUGCUCGACAACGGCCCAGCUGUAUGUGCUGAAUGAGCGCCUCUACAAGUACAUACUGCCCUUCAAUCCGAAAUUCCCAGAGGACUACAACGGACCCAUUGUGGACAAAUAUCUGGCCAUGAAGUUCCAGGAAAUGGAGGAUAAGAUGCGGCAGGAGAAGCAGCGCAAGACCAACCAGCAGGCAGAGAAGCCCGUAGAGGCCCCGUCCACCCCGGCGAUGCCCAAGAACCACAAGCCAUCGCCCAAGCAUGGCAGCGGCAUCAAUGCCCAGGUGUACGAGCAGAGUUCCGAGAGGAAUCUGCUGAUCGAUGACGAGAUCGAUGACAUCUCGGAGCGCGGCUCCUACGACACCUUCGAACAGACGCCCACCACUGUGAUGGCCCCCACCAGUACUCAGGACACGCAGCAAUCGUUUGUGCUCAGGCCCAUAGUCGUGUCCUCCACGCCGCAACCAGAGGCUGACGCUGACUUUGACGUGGAGCCGACGGCCCUGCAGAGCAGCGAGGAGCAGGAGCAGGAGCAGGAGGACAAGCUGCAGAGUCUGCGCGACACCAAGGCGGCGGAGCAGAAGCAGGAGACCACCAGAGUAAGCGUCGAGAAGCUGGAGGUGAUUGAGAUCAAAACAGAUGGCGACACGGGCCAGCUGAUGCCCAUCAAGGAGCCCAGUGCCUGAUUAUGAGAGGACCCCCGUUGAGAGCGGAGCAAAAGCUUGCCAUAUUCGUAUGAUGUAUGUCCGUUGUAUGCCUUAAAUUAUUCUUAGCAAGCAAGUACCUACUGUAAAUAGCUAGCCGUAAACGAAUCGUAUAUGCAGACAGACCUAUAGCGAUAGUGAAAUAAAAUCUGACUAGUGUGUA